CACCGCGAGUCCCAGAUAUCGCUGUCGCACACGCCGAAAUCGAGACAAACACUUCGUCACACUCAAAAAGUUGCUGGCAACUGAUUUUAGCGAGCCGACGGCGCCCUUCUACGGUCUUUCUGCGAGAUUGCGACACCAGCUGAGUCGCACGCUCAAGGACACCUUCACUGGUUGAAGACCGGACCCAACGUGCAAACACCCUCGUUCACCACCUACCCUCACGCUCAUCGUCACCGCAAACGCGAGUCGUCCCAUCCGACAAGCACAAGCACCGCGAACAUACCGCGCGCAGGUCACCGAGCGUGAGCUGCGAUCACUCAGACGCGCCUUUGUCCAUCAUUUAGUUCUCAACACCGCCAAAACGUAUUCUCCACUCUUCAUCCGCUGCUACGCAAAGAACCACAAGCUACAGAAGAGUUCCAAAGGUAUCAAGAAGCGAAACACCGCGCGCUUCGUGGAGACAAUCAAGAGCUCUUUCCCGAUCCGCAAGCCGCUCGAGGCGAUGACUCAAGGGUUGUCUCCGGGAGCGAUCCCAGAGGCACCCAAGAUGCCGGUAGAGGAAGAGUGGCACGAGAACCUCAACGUCCGCUUGAUGUGCCGCGACUGUCGCGAAGAUCCACCAGAUCUCCGCGAGGACCACGCCAGCGGCGACCUCAUCUGCGGCAGCUGCGGACUCGUUUUGCAGGAGCGCUCCAUCGACACUAGCAGUGAAUGGCGCACCUUCUCUAACGACGAUCAGGGCAACGACGACCCUAGCCGUGUCGGUGAUGGCCCGAACGCUCUUCUGAACGGUGCCCAGCUGAACACCAGCAUCGCGUUUGGCGAUGGUGGCAUUCGCAGCAAGGAGCUUCACCGCGCCCAGAACAAGGCGAAUCUUGACAAGGGAAAUAAGACCCUUCUUCAGGCCUACAAGCAGAUCGGCGCUCUCUGUGAUGGGUGGCAGCUUCCCAACAGCGUCUCAGACACGGCCAAGCACAUCUUCAAGGAUGCCGAUGAGAGUCGUCUGUUCAAGGGCAAGUCUCAGGAGGCUCUGAUUGCGGGAUGCGUCUUCCUCGCCUGCCGUCGCAACAAUGUCGCGCGGUCCUUCCGCGAGGUCAUGGAGCUGACGAAGGUCAGCAAGAAGGAAAUUGGUCGUACGUUCAAGCUCCUCGAGAACUUUUUGAUGAACAAGGAAAAGGACAAGGGCGCUUCUGGCGCCACUUCUAUGGUUGCAGGAGGUACCGUCGUCUACAACGAGCAGUACAAGGGCAGCACAAGCUCCGACCCGGCCGAUCUCUGCCAGCGCUUCUGCAGUCAGCUCGAUAUGGACCAGCGCACGACCAACAUGGCCAUCGCGCUUGCAACGCGUAUGGGCGUCACUGGUGUCCUUGCUGGACGUUCGCCACUGUCCUCUGCUGCUGCCUGUAUCUACAUGGCUGGUCAGCUCAUGGGUCAAGCGAAGAAUCCGAAGGAGAUCCAGGCCGUUGCCAAGGUCAGCGACAGCACCAUUCGACACGCGUACAAGCUGCUGUACCUGGAGAAGGACAAGCUGAUCACCGAGGAGAUCAUCGGUCGUGGUGCCGACCCCGAGAAGUUGACCAAGCCAUCUUAGAAAGGUGGUCGAGAUGAUUCAGCUUCCUCGGCAGUCCCACCAACACCCGCUUGUGACGGGCCACCGCCUGUCCACACACCUGUCCGCUACUUCUGAGGGAUAGCCGUGAUUGGCUCAGACCCAUCGAGUUAUGGACUUUUGAGUCGCGAUUACUCACGAUUUGCGACUUCUUCCCAGUCACGGAAGCUUUCUGUCUGCGACUUUCCGCGACUACAACACGAAUAGCAACACUUGCUAGCACUGCAUCAUUUCGAUCGCAUCGGUGUGCCUCACGGCUUUACUUCUGACUUCACUGUCGAAGGCUGAUUGCAGCGAUCCUCACCCUCACUACAUGGCUCUGCUAUGUUGCUCUUUUAUGGAGCUGGGACUGGUUAUUGGAAAAUUUCUUCUUCGAACAUUGUGUUAUACAGAGCGAUUUGCUCAUCAAGGGCUAAAAAGCACCGGGAUGGGAUUAUGGUUGGGAGCGUUCACUGCGAUGCUUUCUCAGAUUGAUUAAAAUGCAUGCUAUCUCACGAUACCCCGAGAAUGGUCAUGUUUUGAAUUUUUGCUGAAGCGUUCGUUGUAUUUGCUACGGAUAGACGAGACAAUGAAGUGCGAUAAUGGUGCGAU